AUGGUGUCAUUUGUUGAUCUUCAACUUGAUCAUGAGGAGGGAGAUAUUCUUGAUGAGUUAAUAAUGGUCGUCUCUCAAUCUCGAAAUUUCAACAGUGAGAUUUCUAAGUUGCCUGAUGUUUCUAAAGAAUGUCAUGAGCUUUUUGUGAAACAAAUUGCUGAUACAGUCUUUUUAGAGACUCGAUUAAAAGACAUUCGAAUGAUGUUGGAUACUGAAGUCAAGAAGUUUGAUGAGAAUUCAUACUUGUUACAUAAGACGUUGGAUGUAGUCGCAGAUUCAACUACUAGAUUGAUUGAAUAUAUCACCGCUUUUAACAAGGAUUACUCGAAUGAUCUUCAUGUCAAGACAAAGUAG